AUGAUCCAAACAACUUGUCAUGGUUUAGAAAUUAUUUUAAAUUUAUAGUUUUACUAAUUUACAAUCUGCAGUUAAUGUCUUCUCUGGAGUUUUUACACUUUGAGGGCUGGAUUGGACCCUUUGGAGAACCGCUUUUGGCCCGCGGGCCUCAUGUUGGACACCCUUGCAGUAGAGGGAAGGAGGGAUGUUUGCAGAGAAGAUGAGAAAAGAGGAAAGUUUAGUUCACCUCUGCCUCUCUGCAGCAGCUAAUGGAUCCGUUAAAAGUGCUGAUUUCUGCAGAAAGCCGAGACGACAAGAAAAACACUCAGAGAGCAGUCCUGCUCCAAGGCGCUCAGUCCUGCUCCGAGGCCGCUCAGUCCUCCUUCAAGGCCGCUCAGUCCUGCUCCAAGGUCGCUCAGUCCUCCUCCAAGGCCACUCAGUCCUGCUCCAAGGCCGCCCAGUCCACCUCCAAGGCCGCUCAGUCCUCCUUCAAGGCCGCCCGGUCCACCUCCAAGGCCGCUCAGUCCUCCUUCAAGGCCGCUCAGUCCUGCUCCAAGGCCGCCCAGUCCACCUCCAAGGCCGCUCAGUCCACCUCCAAGGCCGCUCAGUCCUCCUUCAAGGCCGCUCAGUCCUGCUCCAAGGCUGCCCAGUCCACCUCCAAGGCCGCUCAGUCCUCCUUCAAGGCCGCUCAGUCCUGCUCCAAGGUGCUCAAUCCUCCUCCAAGGCCGCUCAGUCCUCCUUCAAGGCCGCUCAGUCCUCCAACAAGGCUGCUCAGUCCUCCUACAAGGCCGCUCAGUCCUCCUCCAAGGCCACUCAGCCGUUGGAUCAUUUCUGACAGAUGAAAUCCUGAAAAGAUUUGCGGCAGAAAUCAACAUAGAAUGUGUCCAUUUAAUAUAGAUGAACCCACAAACAAAAUGACCUUGUGCUGAGCACAGGUGUGUGUUAUGCAUGUGUACGUUAUGUACGGAUACCGAAUCGCGUGAACUAAAUAUGUAGCAGAAUUGAUGGGACUCAGAAACACCCCCACAAUUUAAUCAGUUGUUCCUUGGAUUAUUUCUGAUGGAUAAGUCCUGAAAAGUCCUCAGUGGUGGAUUAGUAGUAGGAUCACAAUCAUGUGAUCAUCAGCAGGCAGCUGACGUAGCGUUCACUUGUUGUCAUGGUUACAGUGAUGCUGUGCUGCUAUCUGGCAAUGAUACAGAAAUCUUUAACUAAUCCAUGGAUCCAGACUAUAAGCUGCAUCACUGCCAAAAUCUAAUCACUUGAUCCUUGUGUCAUUUCUGACCUUCCCUGGAAUUUUCAUCCAAAUCUGUUAUUCUGUUUUUGAGUAAUGUUGCUAACAGACAGACAGACGGACAAAUAAAUGCUGAUCGUCACAUAACUCUACUGUUCCUUGGCAGGGUAAUAAAUGUAAAAGUCUUG